CGCCACACAAUUAGAAUUGCACCAUGGCCGGCAACGUCGCCGGCAACCUCACCGGGGGCGGCGUCGUCGCCAUGAACGGGACGGCCCAUGGGCGGGCCAUGGUCUCUUCGCUGCCUCUCUUCUACCUCUGCAUGAGCCUCUCGCUCCUUGCGCUCGGCCUCGUCGGCGCCAAGGUGCUCCUCCUCAAGCGGGGCGCGACGCUCAAGCAGCCCAGCCAGAUCGAGGCGAUGGCCCACCGCGUGCACCUCAUUGAGGUCGCAGUCUACAUCCUCGCGUGGUACUCGAUGAGCAUCGGCAUGACGCUCUUCCUCAAGUGGUUCCUCAAAGUCUGGCAAGGCGGGUUCCCGUACGUGCUGACGAUGGGCACGGUGCACAUGGCCGUCAAGGCGAUCUUCUCGCAGCUCUUGGCGUGCAAGCGCAACAUUGUCAUUGCGCCGCUACCACUGCGCGACUACUGGAUGCUGGCCGUGCCCAUUGGGGUCUUUACGGGCGCCGACAUUGUGCUUUCCAACAAGUCGCUCACGUAUAUCACGGUGUCCCUAUUUACGAUCGUCAAGUCGGGUGGCAACGUCUGGAACCUCCUCUUCUCCAUCUUGCUCAAGCUGCAAGAGCCGUCAUGGGCGCUCUGCGGUGUCGUGUGCUUCAUUUGCACGGGCAUUGGCAUGGCCAGCUACGGCACCAUCAACUUUGUGCUGGUCGGCUUCCUCUGCGUCCUUCUCGCGUCGAUCCUCGGCACGCUCCGCUGGGUCCUCACCCAAUUCUUUAUGAAGCGCAUGACGGCGUCCGCACACCACACGUUGGCGGUCGUCUACUACAUCUCGCCGGUCAGUGCGCUCCUCCUCCUCCCGAUCGCCAUCAUCGUCGAUGGCCCGAGUCUGCUCGCGUCGAAAUUCUGCAUCGACGCACUCCUCUUCCUCCAGGCCCUCGCAGGUGUGCUUCUUGGCGGUACCAUGUCGUUCUUCCUCGUCUCGGUGGAGAUUGAGCUCGUAAAGAAGACGUCGGCGCUCUCACUCGGCAUUGCCGGCAACCUCAAGGACGUGCUGCAGAUCGUCAUGGCCAUGCUCAUCUUCCACGACAAGCUCAGUGCGCUCAAUAUUGCAGGCCUCUUUGUGGCGACGACGGGCCUUGUCUUGUACUCGUACAUCAAGGCACGGCCGUCGUCGUCGUCGGCACCGGCCUAUGCGCUCGUGCACAUGGACGACGUGGACAUUGAAGACGCCAACGACAAGCACAUCAAGUGA